AUGGCGCUCCUCCUCCGCCGGCUCCGGCUGCUCCUCCGGGAGGCGCCCCCCGGGGCUGUGCGAGGCCGCCCAGCUGGUGUCGCCCUCGGCGCGCGGGCGGGACACGGGGACGCAGGGUCUCUUACAAAGCAUGAGCCUUCUCUCACCAAGAGCGAGUGGCGGAAGAAGCUGACUCCCGAGCAGUUCUAUGUCACCAGAGAAAAAGGGACUGAACCGCCUUUCAGCGGGAUCUACCUGAAUAACAAGGAAACAGGAAUGUAUCACUGUGUGUGCUGCGACAACCCCCUCUUCAGUUCUGAGAAAAAGUUCUGCUCUGGCACCGGAUGGCCUUCGUUUUCUGAGGCCCACGGCACGUCUGGCUCCGAUGAAAGCAACGCAGGAAUCCUGAGACGCGUGGACACCUCCUUGGGAGUAGCUCGCACAGAGGUUGUCUGCAAGCAGUGCGAAGCUCACCUCGGCCACGUGUUUCCUGAUGGACCCGGGCCUGCUGGUCAGAGGUUCUGCAUCAACAGUGUGGCCCUGAAGUUCAAACCGGGGCAACCCUGA